GCUCCACCUUACUUGUCCCAUUAUAUAUGCAUGACUUGUCGUCAUUAAAGGUUCUACUUUAUGCAGUUCUGCCCCGGUGAACAUUCGGGUGCUGGACACAAUCACAGUAUGUUGUUAUUAGCGUGAUUGAAAGUGUUUUAGUUAGUUUACAAUGGCUUCCGAGUGCACUCAAGAGACAAUUCUGAACUUUCUAAAGCAAAACGGGGGCAAAGUGAAAAACGCCGAUUUGAUUGCGCAUUUUAAAGCCGUAUUCCCGGAGGAGCCGGAGAAGAAAGCGGCUGCCCGUCAGACAUUUAAAAACAACGUUGACAAGAUUGCUUUUGUGAAAAGUGAGAGUGGAGUUAAAUAUGUCUGCGUGAAGAAGAAGUUUCUCGGUUCGGAGAAGGAGCAGCUGAGUGUUACCGAGGACGAGUCUGUGACGGUAGGCCUACACACGUUACAUCCAGAGGAACUAGUUCACCGUUAUUAUACCGCAGGUGCACCACACGGCACGCAGGCUCGUGCUGAUGACGCGGCGGACUCAGCCCUGCACACACCUGGCUCAGGUUACGGAAAUGACAGCCAGGUUAGAGUUCCGCAUGUUUUUCCCUCUGAAACUAUUCACCCGGAUAUAACAGCCGACAACAACAACAAGGGUCGAGAGUUUGUUUGUACAGGUGUGGACAACCGCCCAGGUGAGAUGGGUAACAGAGGAAGCAUCAAAAGAGAGAAGUCCAGGAAGGAGCAGGAGAGAAAUGCGCCUCACGUCCCUGAGAUAUCAGUGAUUGAAGCAUCGCCUCUCCCGGCAGAGGGGCCUGUGUUCACCCUGCCUGGGCCUGUACACAUCGCUCCUCUCAGAGACACUCUGUCCCUGGAGGGCCUGCAGGAGCAGUCUGAUGAAGAGGAGGAGGAUGAAGGUCAGUCAGACACAAACAGUUUGUCUGGCAGUGAAGGGGAAGUCAGCCCCCAAGGCAGCCGGGAACACUUCAUCCAGGUGAUGAUGAGCAGCUCCCCCCAGGUAAGGCGCAGCAUGGUGUUACGCGACUCUGUCUACCUGUCCUCCAGGAGUGAUGGGGACUCGGCCUCCCUGGCCUCCUCAGGCAUGGAUGACGAAAGCAGGACGUCAGUGACCCUUGACCCGCUGGAGCACGAGUGGAUGAUGUGUUCUUCAGAUGCGGAGUGGGGCAGCUUGUCCCAGCUCCUCUCCACGGAUCCCAGCCUGGUCCUUAAGAAGGACUUUGUCUCCGGGUUCACCUGCCUGCACUGGGCGGCCAAGCAAGACAAGCCUGAGCUCAUAGCACUCAUCAUCAACUUCGCCAAACAGCACCAUGUUCCCAUCAGUGUUGAUAUUCGCUCCAACACAGGCUACACACCACUGCACAUUGCUGCCAUGCACAACCACAUGGAGGUGGUGAAGCUGCUGGUGGGGGCCUACAGUGCAGACGUGGAGAUCAGGGACUAUAGCGGGAAGAAGGCCUGCCAGUACCUCACUGACAACGUGAGUCUGGACAUACGGGACAUCAUAGGAGCGUACGAGCAUUCUGAGUCAACGAACGCAGAGAAUAGAGAUGGAGACCGCUGGAGGUUCUCCAAGGUUCUCCAGUCCAAGCCCCUCAAACUGCUCACCCCCCACGACGAUGACUGUGUGGAUGGAGAGGGUCGACCCAGACAGAAGGUGGUCCGCAGGAAGUCUUCACUCAGCAGGAUAAAGCCCAGGCUGCAGAAGCUGCGCAACAGAGCAUCGCAGAUCGUCCACAGCACGACGUUCCACGACCCCGAGGAGAUGGAGGACUCUGGGAGAAGGUCCUUUAGGUCCAGACCCAAGACAAGUUUCUUUGGCUGAGACCAGGGGGGGCACAGGGAGGCGACAGGUAACGCACACAGUGACAACAGUGGUUUACAGUAACAGACAGAACAGAACAGACUACAUACGUUUUGAGCUGAGGUGCAGGGUAAAGCUCAUAAUUACAUACAUACAUAUGUAUUUACUAUCAAAAUGCAGUAAUUUUUAUGCAAAAUAGUUAAAAAUCAAUCAAAAACUAGGCUAAUAAAUGAUCAGUUUGCAUCAAUAAGAUGUGAAGUACCUUUUCCCCCUUAAUAUGAUGGAAAUACUCUUUGCAGUAACAGUGCACUAAGAACUCCUGUCAUCACUGUAGCCUGUAUUGAUGCACCAUAGUGUUAAUCAGUGAAGGCUGAUAACAGAUGCUGAAGAGUGCAUGGUUUGUGCCUCCAGGUCAGCUGACACUAGAGCCUCCUGACCUUCAGUCUGUUAUCUGCAGAAUAUUUGUGCGUCAUCAUUACAGAGGCCAUUUUAAAAUACUGUAAUCUGUCCUGAGGAGGAUUUUUAAAGCAUGCCUGUAACUAUUUGGGCCAAAGUGACGUUUAAAACCUCAGCUCUGUGGGCAAAGUAAUGUUAAUAUCCUCUCCCAACAUUUAGUCUCCAGUUUGAGGGUAAAAAAAAAAGUUCCAGUCCUCUGUUGGAAGUACUAAAGCCAUCUGUGGAAUAAUCCUCUACAAUCCUUUACAAAUGGUUUACUGAGCAGGAAUGCACAAGUUGUUUAACACAUGUACAGCAUGAGGUGGUUUAUAGAACCAGACUGGAUCAAAGCAGCUUGCACAGCAGCAUCAGGUUGUCAACAUAGGAGUCGUCGGACAAAUAUCUACCAGUGAUGGUGUGUGAGGAUGGGAGCUUUCUACAUUUGUCAGUGUUUAAACUAAAGAGUGUAUUGUUAUGUUAGCCACUCCUUUGGCUGUGUAACCACACGUUCAAAUCUCUCAACCUUUUCAGUGUUUACAGCGAGCGUUUGAACGUGUUGGAGGGAUGUUACAGCCUUUAAAUAAGGAUAAAAUAAUGAACUGUACAAUUAAAAUGCUAUUAAUGUUGCUUCCUGUAAAACCACAAUGAUUGCUAAAUCUGGCUAUAACUAUAUAUUCAGUAUUUGGUCUGUUAACGGAUUUAAACCAUCCAGGAAUAUUUGUUGUGUGUAUUUAAAAAGUGUAAAAUAUUGACAGUACGACUCAGCUGCUCACAGUCUCAUUGUUAUUAAGUUAUACGAACAAAUCCGGUGUGUGUCUACAGUUAACCUCACAUUAUUUGUUGUCAUCAUUCAUCUCGGUACUAUAUCUUAUUUUUUACUAAAUCAAAAUGGCAUCUUUAAUCUUUUUGUAUUCCAGCUUUGCACAUUUGUAUACAAACAGCUAACAGAUUUAAUUUGCACAUUGUAAUCUGUUACAAAAGUUUUACUUUUGAAUUACAAAACUACUUGUACUGGUACAAUAGGGUCAUUUUAAUGAUGUUUUACUCUGAUUUAAUAAAUAAUACUGUACAUCAGUGCAAAUGUAUAAAAGACUGUCUGAUUUAAUUCUUUUUUGGUUGCAAAUGUAAACAUAUGGAUCACUUUUAAUGUCACCUAAAAUAUUCACCUACUAGCUUUAUAAUUAACUUAUUUGAAAGCUGC